AUGCGCCUGGGAUUUUUACUUUUAGUUGCCGUCCAGGCUUUGGGGUCGCUGGGGCUACCGCUUGUGUACAGCAACGCCAGCAACAUCAGUAACGUCAGCAGCGCCAGUAACGUAUCUCGAGUGGAGCAAUCAGUUAUUGUUGGGACGAGCAACGGAUUUUUCUGGCCGCAGCCGGAGACGCCGUUUCCUUCGUGGUUGACGGACUUUACAGGACUUACUGAGUGGCCAGGCAUUGAUCCACCGUAUAUUGCGCUGGAUUUUAUUGACGUGGACAGGCUGCCAAAGUAUGAACCUUAUUCGCUUGAUCAAUGCGAACGCGUGCCGCGCGAUGCCUGCUCGUUUGACUGCCACAGCUGUUUGGAGCCGGACGACAUCUACACAUGUCCUAAGCUGUCGCAAACGUUCGACGACGGCCCAUCUGGGGAAACCGAGGCAUUAUUGGGAAAACUGACCCAUAAGACCACAUUCUUCACAGUCGGGGUUAAUGUGGUCAGGCAUCCAAACGUGUACCGUAGAAUGGUCGAAGAGGGCCAUCUAAUUGGGACUCAUACCUGGUCUCAUCCGUAUUUGCCCACAUUAUCAAAUGAGCAGAUUAUUGCUCAGUUGGAAUGGUCGAUCUGGGCGAUGAAUGCUACGGGGCAUCAUUAUCCAAAAUACUUCAGGCCGCCUUACGGCGCUAUUGAUAACCGUGUGAGAGCGAUUGCAAGAUUAUUCGGUCUUCAGGCAGUUCUUUGGGACCGCGACACCUUCGAUUGGCAAUUAAGUGUUCCGUCAUUGAGGACCACAGAAGAUAUCGUUCGCGAUGUACAGGAAUGGAAAACUCGCAACGGUGGUCUGAUCUUAGAACAUGACGCUUCUGCAAACACCGUCGAAGCUGCCACAAGAGUCAGUGAGCUUCUCGGAAACGAUCAACUGACCGUGGCAGAAUGUGUUGGCGGGAUCGAUUAUAUAAAAAAGUACUACUAG